AUGAUCAUCCAUGGGAAAGUAUACGAUGCCACCUCCUACAUGAACAAACACCCCGGAGGAAGUGACUUGCUAGUAAAGGGCCGGGUGGAAGACGCUACGGAAGUAUUCGAUCAUAGUAAGCAUAGCGACAAGGCGAAGGAGAUUCUCAAGGCCCUCCCAGUGGGAACUCUUGCCAUACCGCCAGACGCUGCCACUGAUCAAAGAUGA